AUGUCCAGAAGUACGGUGCAGCCCAACGGGUGGGUUGCAAUCAGGCUGCCGAGCGAAGUUACACGUGUUCUUCAGGUCAUUCCCAAUACAACCAUAUCCCUGGGCAAAUAUGGCUCGUUUCCGAGUAACCUCAUAAUCGAGCGGCCCUACCACCUCACCUACGAGAUCCAGGACAAGCUCGAAGGCGAAAGCUUCCCCCGGCUGCGAAUCGUCCCCGGCACGGAACUCAAUGCCGACAAGCUCGCCGACGUGAGCGCCGAGUCCGCCGAGGGCGACGAGGUCAUCGAGCCGGCAAAUGGGGAGCAGCUCACGCUCAUCGACGAGGAGAGCGGCAAGGUAGUCGCACGGUCGAACCGCGAGGUCAUUGACGAAUCUGCGCGCCAGACGCUCACAAUGGCCGAGAUUGACCAGCUCAAGAAGGAGGGCGCUUCGGCGGGCAAGGAAUUGAUCGCCAAGCUCAUGCUCUCUCACACGGCGAUUGACCAAAAGACGGCCUACUCGCUGGCCAAGUACAAGCUGCUGAAGGAGAAGAAGUACAUGCGACGGUUCACGGUGCUGCCGCUGGACGUGGCGCAGCUCGGGCACUGGAUGCUGGUUGAGCGAGACGCGAGCAAGAUCAUGGAGAUGCGGCAGGAAAUGAUUGGGCUGCUAGGGUGCUGGGCUGAUGUGCACUUUGGCGGCCUGCCUAUCGAGGGCGCGCAGAGUCCGCAUGGCGGGCGGUGGCUGGCUGUUGACGAUACGGGAGGCCUGCUGGUCGCGGCCAUGGCUGAGAGAAUGGGAUUGUUGCACGCAGAAUCUCCAGAGGAAGAAGGGACAUCAAGAGAUGCCGCCCAGCAGGAGCAGAACCCAGAAGUGCAGCCCGACGGCGAAGAAUCGGGCACAGCGGCAGCAGAGCCAUCGUCGGCUAGACCACAGCGAAACAGGCCCAAGAGGCCCCGGAAAGACGACCUGGACGACCACUACGCCCUCACAAACAGCAUCACCCUCAUCCACGCCAACUCGCAGCCCAACCUCUCCCUCCUCCGCCACUUCGACUACGACUUCAGCGACCCCAACCCGCCGUAUCCCUACCACCCGCUCUUCACCCACCUGCUACCCAUCUCGUGGCUCCAGCUGCUGGAUCCCGAAGCGGACCCUACGUAUGCAGAGCUGGCGCCGGCCGUCGACGCCGACGUGCUCGCGUCCUGGAAGACCAACCGCCGCGCAAACUACCACCGCAAGCGCCGGCGAUGGGCUCGCACGCGCCAAAUCGUCGACGCGACGCGGGCGGGCGGCUUCUCCGGCCUCGCCGUGGCGAGCACCAUGGACCCCAUCUCGGUGCUGCGGCACGCGCUCCCGCUGCUCGCCGGCGGCGCGCCCGUGGCCAUUUACUCGCCGACGAUUGAGCCGCUGUCGCAGCUGGCGGACUGCUUCAGCAUCAGCCGGCGCGGCGCCUGGGUGUCGAACCCGCCGCCCGAGGCGGAGGGCAAGACGCUCAAGGAGCUCGAGACCUGGGCCGGGACGCCCGACUUCCCCAUCAACCCGUCGCUGCUGAUUGGGGCGCAGGUGCAGACA